UCGGGAGGGAGAAAACGAGAAGGUGUGCGGAGGACGGUCGUAAAAUUUAAGCUGAAAUUAAACGAAACUACGAGCAAUCGGCGUUUCUCAUUCGACGGUAAAUUGAACUUUAAGUUCCACUUAAACAGUAAGUGGAAACGAUGGAACAGGUCUUAGAAUUUCAACCUUCCCCUAUUACCCUAUCGCUAUGAAUUAGUUGGACGGGUUUGUUUAACGAAAGUAUUCGAGAGUGCUCAUUAAGUAUUCGCUACAUCGGAGGGUUGAUAUAAUUGCAACUUCGUUCUCUCGCUUCUGGCGACAUAAAUUUCAAUCAACGAAGCGAGCUACCUGAUCGACUUUGUAAACAGAGGAACCGGUAUUAAUUGAACCUCUGUUAUUCAAAUGGUAUACUAUUCGAACGUUCAACCGACGGGAAUCCAGUAAAAGUAAAUCCUUGUUGUAUUCGGGGGUAGGUAGACAGAGAUGGCGGAGAAGGGAUUAGAGAGUUGAAGGGAAUGCCGGUGGUAACUUUUCUCCUGGGUGAGCUGCUGAGCUCAUCAAUAAGAUUUAAUGUUUCAGAUGGACCUUUACUCGAAUAACGGACCAAGUAUAAAAAUGCACGCAAUUUAUUCGUUCAAUGUGAAAUCAGAAAUUAAUUGUGUUAUUCAGAUUGAAGAUUGGAUCGAUCGAAUAAUAUAUAUUCUAAAAUCGUUUCUCUUUUAUUCCUUUCUCGACGUUUUUUUAUGUAAUGAAUUAUGCACAUUUCUGCUUCUCCGCAGGUCCUACUGUAGAUGACAGAAUUUAUUUAUGGCGUGCUUCCAAAAGGGUCGUGGCGAAAUAAAAUUUAUGAUUCGACUGUGCCAAUAGCAAACUUUCCUGGAUUGUAUUCGAAGAUUCCCUUUAACUCGCAUAUCGGAGGAGGAUUGCGGCUUCUGUUCGUGAUGACAGCAAUGUCGAGGCAGCGGUACGCGAACCGCACCAGCGGGAACAGAUAAGGAAGGGAGGAGCCACGCGUCGGGCAAUCAUGUGUAGUGUCAUGUGGCUCCUUCGGCUCCUAACGAUUUGCUGCCUCGUUUAUCUAUCGGCGUCCGACUCCCACACAGAUUUACCACUGAUAACGGAUUCAGUAUCGUCGAAAGCAACGACGGCGGCGAAGCGCUCGGUACCGACGGACGCGCCGAUGCUGUACUACAUAUUCGAUGCCCACAGUACGCUGAACAAACACCAGCAUCAUCACGAUCAUCGGUGGGGUCCUCAUUUCGAGGGCGAGGGGAAGAAUAUGACCGUGCAAGCUGGCGGAAGCGCCAUCCUCGACUGCAGGAUAUCCUUGCUGCAAGACAAAACCGUGUCCUGGGUACGAAGACAGGAUAACGGCGAGAAGGUAAACUUGCUGACGGUGGGUCAACAAACAUAUAUAGGGGAUCCACGGUAUACAGUGAAGUUCCAGUACCCAGACAACUGGCGUCUACAAAUUAAACCAGUGAACAGUAGCGAUGAGGGCCAGUACGAGUGCCAAGUCAGCACUCAUCCGCCCAAGCAUAUUCACGUGAAUCUCCACAUCAACGCGCCGUCCGUCCAAAUAGUGGACGCCCUGGGUGAGCCCCUGAGGGACAAGUAUUAUGAGGCCGACAGCACCAUCGAGCUAUUGUGCGUUGUGCGACACAUAGCGAUGCAAGCGCAAUACAGCGUCGUCCAGUGGCUCCACGGCAAUCGAAUUCUGAACUACGACACGACAAGGGGCGGUAUCAGCGUGAAAACGGACCUAAUGGAAGAGGGGGCCAAUUCGACUCUCAGCAUAGCGAGGGUGGGACCAGCUGACAGCGGAAACUACACGUGCCAUCUCACCACCAUGCCUGAUCAACCUGCCACAGUUCACGUACACGUACUGAACGGAGAAAGCUUAGCCGAGUUGCAUCACGGGAGCGCAGAGGCCGUCGGAACCAGCGGCGGCGCCGUCGGUUCGUUGCUUCUGCUUCUGUCCGUUCUCCUCGGCUGGAUACAACAGGUGCUCAGAUGAAGGCCCGACGACGUUCGUUGCGUCCCAGGGAAGGCGUGAAACGAGCACCGCGACGCUCCGUCACGACGCCGGACACCGUCGUGACACGGCGCCGCGACACAAUACGGACUUUUAUAUUAUCGCUGAAGAAUGGACGUAGCGGAGUGUGUGCGCGAACAAGAGAGCGAGAAAGAAAAAAACGGAGGGUGGGAAAAAAAAAAUAAUGUACGAACGAGAAGCAAGUCUAAGGGGUCGGGGGCGAGGGGAAGUGAAAAGAGGGUCGUAGCGUCGCGAGAGAAUGGGGUUGCGCGCACGACGGGGCCGGGAGGGGUUGACAGCGCUGUUCCGGCAUUGUUCUUGGCCCGAUUGGAAGUGACUCUUUCCGCGUCGCUGCGCGUCAGUGUUUCUGUUUCGCGACUAUCCCUGAGUCCUGUUCGAGACCCGACCAAAAGUGCGUCAACUUUCGAGGGUUUGUCUUACAGGUAUGCCUCGUGGCCGUUGAGUUUUCGGAGAUCGUGGUUGGUCUCGAUGGUUUGCGAGAGGUGAUAAGGAUGUCAGGUAAUCAUUUGAAAGAAUUGUACGUUGUUGAGCGUGUAAUUGAUGCGAAACGAGGACUGUCGGAUUUCAAACAGCAGGAUUUGGUCGUGUUUUUAUUAUAGGAAUCCACCUUAGUCUCUGUGAUGAGGGAGACGUCCAGUCUGAUGGAGAUUUGCGCAAACGUUGGUCCAAUCUAGGAAGUAUGUCGUAUUUCGUUGAUACUACUUUUUGGAGGAGGCUCUUUAUCGGAGGCUGCAAGGUUUUUGUGUGUCUAUACAAGUCUUGAAUUAUUAAAAAUGUUGAAAUUUGUUGGUAAUAAAAAUUGUCUUUGUGGGACUGUUCAUAUUAGUACUAAAGCGUGUUUUUAUUCUUUUGCAACAUACAUGGUAUAAUUAGUUACCCUGAAUUUUUGUCUUUGAAUGGAGAAGAUAUUCAUUGUAGUACAUUGAAGGAGAUACAGUAUAUACAUACAUACGUGAAUUUUAACAAUUUCAGUAUUAUUUGUUGAUUUAUUCUUAGCGAAAGGUUUCUUUAAACAUAGACUAGUUUCUAUGUUCAAAUUGUGUUGAUUGUGUUGUGUUCACAAUACAAAUACAGAAAUAAAGUUUGAGGGGAAUAAAGAGAGUUCAAAUCAAAGAUAAACAAUAUAGAUAUUGAAUAUUGGGUUAGUCCCAACUGAUACACAUUGGUAACAAUAAUAAAUCAGAUAUUAAAAAUGUAAAUAAUAAAUAAUGCGACUUCAGAGUAAAGUCCUAUUAUAAAGAAUUAAAAACUGAGAUGAACGGGUUGGAUUCCUCCCAACUGAUACACGUUGGUAAUAAAAAUAAAAUAGAGAUGAAAAAUGUAGCAAACGGUCGUGUAGUUUCAAAAUCACGCGUGUUUACGGAGAGUUUGGAUCCGAUGGGACGGGGUAGGUGGUUCCCUUGUGAGAAACGCUAUGCCACGAAUUUCCGUUCGCGCGUUCCACGACCACUGACGCGUAGAUGACGCAUAAAUACGAGGCGCUAGGACCCCGAGGUGGAGGAUACGGGAACCGCGUGCCACUGAUUUCCCGCACGACGUGUGCAAGUAAACAACACCCUCGAAUCGCGUGUUCGGAAACGGCAGUUUACCCCGUAUAUUUCCUUGACGCAUUCACUGCCGCUCCGACAUUUUAACACCCGCCCACUAGAAACUCAUUAUAGGAUAAUAUCCUUCGAGCGAACAUACACCACGGGAUGAAAUUAUUGGACACCCCUGUGAUGCCACUUGCUACUUUCAGUUGAACAAUCGAAAUGAUGGGAGGAACGUGUUAUGGAUAAGGUUACUUAGUUUGGUUAUUUAUAAAGCACUCAGUUCACAGAACCUGUCAUCGAGCCUGAUAUAUUUUCUUUUCUUUGACUCUUUAAUAGUAUUUUAAUCUUUUUUUUCUUUUUUUUAUACAGUUUCUAUAAAAGUAUGUAUUCCAGAGAAAGUUUAAAUGGUGUGAUUCUAUUAUUAGGUAGACUGGAAAGUAAUGUCGUUUCUUUUACAUUAAAUGCAAACAAAUUUUUAAUAAAUUUCUAUAGAUCCUGAACACCCUUAAUAAACAAUGAAUGAAAUCUUCUUGAAUCUGAAAUUAACUUCAAAUACGUUAAUAAGUUUUUCGGAUUUAGUAUAAUAUCAUAGAAAAUCCGUGAAACGCGCGAUAGUUUUGAAAACUGCUCAAAAUCCAAGGGGUGUUCAAUUAUUUUGUCGCGGAGCGUAUCUCCGAGCCUCUGUUAUGCUGUUACGCUCAUUUUGACGGCUCGAGUGCAGGCUGAUGGCUCGGUAGAACCUGAGUCGUGACUUCUCUCGCGAGGGCUGUUCAAAAUUCACGAGGGCUGAACCACACGGUUCAUUGUUUUAGGCAUGUUUUUUAAAGCUCAUCCCUUUGUUGCGUAAUGGUCCAGUGAAAAUCAUUUCUGAGAAGUUCCCCGAGGAAAUUUUACAGGAUUUACGUGCGAUGUCUUCUUGUGGAAACGUCUAGUAGCUCUGCAGUUUCAGCCACUUGUGUUUUAAUUGAACUUUUUAAUUAAUUCAUGACCGUUCGUGUAACAAAAAAUUUCUUUUUGUAAGAUGAAAAUAUAAUUGUGCUACGGAGGGUUCACGAACCAAGUGUUUCAAGCAUCGAAGAUGUGGUUGAUAAACGAUCGAAGCAUAUGGAGCAUCGAGCUGUUGUGUUUAAGAAGAAUUUUAUUAAUGGAACUGUUACAUUUAAAUACAAAUUCUAUUACCAGGAUCAUUAUAAUAUAUGUCAUUUAGGAUGGCUCUACGAAAAGCGUCGGGAACAACAAAAAGAAUUCGAAACCUCUAAAUGUUCUUGCCAAUCCCUGUUGCAAAGUAAGGGGUUAAAUAAUCCAUUUGCGGUCGCACCUUUCAUUCUCGCAAGAAACAUUAAUCUCCAGGAAUAUUGUGAAUAAAUACUUCAACUCUCUACGUCUCACAAAUAUCGUUCACGCACGAUAAAUUCUAUUUCACAAUUAUUUCAGUUAAUUUCGUUUAUUACAACUAUAACGAAUCGUGCCUUCGGUAAUGAAAUGAAAUAAUUACAAACGAUAUAAUUUAAUGUACCCGUAGUAACAAUACUAUUAAUUCAAACAAUUCAGCAAUGCUAAUUUCAUUUAUGAUCUCGUACGAAAUAAUUGCAAAUUAUAUUAAUUUCACCCAGUGUUACAAAUUAAACGAAAGGAAUUAAUUUAAUCUGCACGUCAAACGAGAUGAUCGUGAAUAGGAUUAACGUAGCAAGACGUAGGAGAA